AUAUGUGUCUGUCUCUCAACUACAAAAACAACCCCACGAUAUGCGAACGUGGAUAUAUCACCCAAGACUCUCCCUCUUCCAUCGCAUAAGCAGGACGGAAGGGAGGGGACAUCGUUACGCCAUUACUAUCUCCGUCCCUCCACGAUGUCCGAGAGAUGUUCUGCUUGCCAGGUGAGUGUCAAGGACAAAGGCAAAAAAAACUCCCAUGAGCCGUCCAAAUCAAUGUCCAUUCCACCACCUGUUUCACGAAAGAAACUCCGCGGCGCCAACGAAAUUAUUAAAUACUCCGGGAGAGCGAGAGCAACAGCCCUGGACCGGACCGGACUGGACUGGACUGGAUUGGAUUGGACUGGACUGCAAGCGCGCCUCCCUCCUCCUCCCCGCAAAGUCCCGCCCCGCCCCACCAUCAACCAGAUGAUAAUGGUACUGCUGAUCUCGGGCUGCUACACCUGCAUGUCGCUCACUCAACUCAAUCAACUCCGAGCAGGACAGGACACGAGAUAUGCACACACCCAGGUACACACACAGAGAGAGAGGUACCGGCAGGGCAACGACGAUCGUGGCGGAUUUGUUUUAGUCAUGAAUAACAAGGAUGCCCCCAUGCGCGCGCCGCCCUGCUGCAGCCGCCGCCGAUCGCGACGUUUGCAUGUUCUGCUGCACACGCGAGGGACCGGCCGGCUGUGGUGGGUGGUGGUGGAUGGUGGUGUGGAGAGAUGUCCACUGGGAUGUGCAUAUGCAAUGGUGAUCGAAUCGAGGGGUUCCCGGAUCAGCUGCGGUUAUCAUAUCAUAUCGUAAUCAAAUCAUA